AUGGCGAGUGCCGCAGGGCAGGCGUUGCUGCCGGAUCCCGACGGCCAGCCUGAGCAGCAGGAGCCGCCGCUGCAGCAGCCCGAGGCGAUGAAGCUCGACGAAGACGUCCUCAUGGCUGACGAGGCGCCGCUGGCGCCGCCGCCGCCGCGGCGCCCCGGCGGAUCAACCAUCGCCCGCCGCCGUGCCAAGGCUGCGUCGGACAAGGCCGCCGCAGCCUCCGCGGCCAAGGGCGAGGAGAAGGGCUCCGAGGCGGCCAGCGGCGACGGCAAGAAGGAUGGCGACGAGGAGCCCAGCGACGCGCGCAAGUGCCCAGUGUGCUUGCUCGAGGUCGAGCGCCUGGACCCAGAUACCAAGAUCACGACUUCCAAGGAUGAGAACGGCGCGGUCUGCGAUGUGCGCUGGCACGGGAAGUGCCGCGGUGCGGCGCGGUAUUUGGAGAACGUCGCGAGGGACCAGGACAAGAAGGAGGACUUGCCGAGCGAUAGGAUCCACAUGAGCAACCUGAAGAAAUGCGAGAAGGAGAACCCCGCGCUGUGGCGAUCCAAAUGCAUGGGCCUCAUCGUGAAGACCGGCGGCCAUCGCGGAGUGGAUAUGAGGGAGAAGGCAGUGGAUUACAUCUCAGAGAUUUCUCAGUACGCCGCCUCGGAGACUAUCCGCGACGUGGUGAUGAUGGACAUGGACUUGUUCGUCGGGUACCACAUGGCCAACAAGAGGUGGUCCGAGGAUCGGGCGAUCAAGGAGUUCGAGCGCUUGGUGGACGACGGAGAGACAGAACAGGAUUCCGACGGAGAGGAUUGCGUGCCAGUCCGCAUGCCCAAGAAGUACCGCGGCAGGGAGGGCCGGAUGGAGCUCCGCAGCAUGCACACGAAGCGCAAUUUGCAGACCCCCGACGAGGAGGGCGCGUACCGCAAGAAGAUGAAGCAGGCUCUGGGCGUCGCGACCAACCCGAACUUGCAGGGCCCUGGCCACGCGCCGGCGCUCCUCAGGCCUGGCGGAGCUUACCGCGGCUCCACUCGCCGCGGCUCCAGCGGCGCCCAUGGCAGCAGCCCUCGCAGCAACUUCGGAUUCGAGGACAGCUUCAGCGAGUUCGGCGAUGAGUCCAGCAGCGCUGACCCUCGGCGCCACGAGCUCGGGGCUCGCGCCGAUGUGCCUGGUGCGGCCGCCGCGGCCGCUCCUUUCCGCAGCGCAGUGCCGCCGCCGCCAGUGCCGCCGUUCCCUCCUGCGCGCGCGACCGCCGCAGCGGCCGCCAGCGGCGCCAGCCUGGCGGCAGCCCCCCCCGAGGCCACGGCGGCGGCAAGGGCGGACCCGGGGUCCGGGUCCGCCGCGGCGGCCCCCGCCGCGUCGCCGCCGCCCAGGGCCGAGGGGCCCUCCCCGCCGAGGGCUGAGCAGAAGGUGAUGAUGACGGCGGCGAUGCUCAGGGACGCCAAGAAGGCUCUCGUCGCGGUGAUCAGGGGGGUCACGGAAGACGUCUUGCUCAAGAAAGAGGGCCUCGUGGCAACGGUGAAGAAGACCCAGUCCGACAUCCAGAGCCGGCCCGCGCCCGCCACGCCCACCGAGCAUUGGGACACUGCGAAAGAGGAGCUGCAGAAGUUGAAACAAGUGGAUGAGGUUGAGACGAUUGCCAAGAACCUGUCGAACAUGGUCGCCGCGGUGACGUCGGCGACAGUUAGCGAUUUCACAAAGUUGAAGACCGAUGCCGACCAGCAGAUCGUGGAGUUGGAGACGAUGGUCUCGAGCCUCAGGAGCGCGAAGCAGAAGUUGCUGGAGGCAGAUUCGGAGCACAGGAAGAAGCUGAAGAGCGAUGCUGCCAAGGCUCUAUACGCGACGAAGAAGGCCUCCAGCCGCUACACGCAGACUGGGUGCUCCACGGCGCUCGGGCUGUUCCUGGACGGC